UGCCGUUUGACUUCUGGAAUGAUGUCGUCCUGCCAGCAUGGCAUGACAUAGCUCAAUGCCAGAUUACACAUGAAGCGCUCGAGAAAGUCGUCAUGGCAAUUGAUGAACAUCAUCCACGUAUCAGCAGAGAUCCCAUGCUGAAGAGCAAUGUGAUGGGUUGGAAGGAGGUUAUUAAAACCAACAGGAAUUUAGAAAAGGAUAGGUUAGCCCCAUAUGUUGCCUGUGUUACUUGCUACAAGAGAGGGCAAUCAGGUGUCCAGAGCUUCAUUCAAGACAUCCAGUCUUCAACUUUCCCGUCCAAUGUUGCUGUUGGUGGAGUGCUGGAGAGAAUUUGGCAAGCUCGGAAGAAUGAUCAUCCUGAUGAAGAUGUCAAGGAUCCAUAUUUCAUCACAAGGGUUGUCAAGAGCAACCUACCACAGAUCAUCGCCAAACUAGCGACCGUACCAGAUAUAGUGCUCACUGAAGUAUUUGGAGAUGUCAACCCGAAUGAAAGGUUUAUCAGCACUUAUCGAACGGCAUGUGAGGUGGCCGGUCAUGUACGUGAUCUUCCACUUUGCUGUCAAUCAACAAUUGGGGCGUCUUUACUGUACCCAGUGGACAGCUUUGUGUUCCUCUUUUAUGACUUACACCACCCUGAUCUCACUCAACGACUGGAUAAAGAUUUCCUGAUCAAGAUCGACCAUGAGGCAGGAUGUGAUGGGAGUAGUCUUGUCCAACUGUUGAAUUUGGCUAUUGAUUUACAGAGCGAUAGAGGUACCGCAGUGUCAAUGAUGAAUGAUGAAGGUCUGAUUGCAUUGAGAGAAGGACCAGGAGAUACAGUUCAAGCUGAUAAUGGCCAGUAUGCAGCAGCUCUCAGUGAACUGAUGAAGGAAGGUGUGCAGCUGAUACCGUAUGGCCGACUGAUAAUGUGCGGGCCAGGCCGCACAGGCAAGAGCAGCUUCCUGCGAUCCCUCCUGCAUCAAGCGUUCAUGUCUCAAGUCGACAGCACAAUCGGUGUGGAGCUGGAGAAGGUGAUCUGCACCAUCGAGAAACAAGGGUUACAGUAUGUGUGGAAGCAAGCUGAAGAUUCUUACCAGCAGCAGUUGGCCCUGACACACAGAGCUGUUGGACAAGAGCAAAGGAAGAAAGAGAUAGUAGCAGCACUGAGACAACAAGGUGUGGAGAUCCCAAAGAACACCAGAUCCACAUCCUCCAUGCCAUCAACUCCUGCAGCAUCACCAUCCGCUGUGGUUGAGACUGAGCAAGCAGAUGCAGCCAGUGUGAGUGAAUCUGCUAUCAGCCAACGUGAUGAAGCCAUCCACACCGGAUACUCUGGUCAAUCAGCUACCAGUUCAUCUGAAACCAUGUACUCUCAGAAUGUUCCCACUGCAUCCAAGCCGGAGGAGGUCUCAACCAUGAGUGUAGAACAGGUAGCAACAGCAGAGCAAGAUGUGCAGCAGCUACAGACGGAAAUCAACUCAGCAACGCAGAAGUUUGAAGGCUUCAUUGAAGAUCUGAAGAAGGGCAAAAGUGAAGUUUUCACUGCAGAGCAUCUGAAGAACCUGACAUUUAUAGAUGUCUGGGACUUUGCUGGUCAGAAGCUGUUUGCAGCGAUCCAACACAUGGUCCUGGCCUGUGAUCGAUGUGCAUAUGCUGUUGUAUUUGAUUCCUCAAAGAAGCUCCAGGACCGAGCGAAGCCGACUUUUGGUGUAGACGGUGAGGAACUGCCGCUUUCCAACAGUCUGGAGCAGACCAACUUUGAUGUGAUGGAGACGUGGUUCAACGCUAUCCACGAGGUCAUUGGAGACAGCGACAACGUACCCGUGUUUGCCAUUGGCACUCAUGUGGACAAGUUACCAAAGAAGCCAGAAGCAAGGAAGAAGGCAACUGAAGAGAUAUAUAAAGAAGUACAUCUUGGCCAAUGCAGAUAGUAAGGCCUAUGCAAACAACAUUGACAAGGUGGUAUUUGUGGAUAACACACGAGCUGGCAAGGAUCCAGAAGACCCAGCAGUU